AUGGGAAAGAAACUGCUGUCAAAGAAGGCGUCCGGACAACAUACGUGUCAAAGUUGUGGUGCUCGAGGUCAUCAUACAACAUCCUGCCCGCAACUUGCGCAACGGCUUCUGAAAGCAGUGACGAAGUUUGUGCAAGCUGAUGCGAUAGACAAACAUCUGCAGAAAAAAAGACCGUUGCGAGUGCUGGAUGUGCCGCAAAGACCACGCCGGUCUUUGAAGAAAGCUUCUGGCAAGCGAGGGAAGAAAUACUCCUGGAAAGUUGAUCCUGCGAUCAAAAUGCCAAAGAAGAAGAAAAGUCAGAAAGCCAAACAAAAGAAUCGAGAAAAUGAAGCCCGCAGAAAGGAAAGACCGGCCAAGAGGAAGUCACAGCAGUCUUCUUGGACGUACAAAAAGAUGCGAUCAGCUUAUAGGAUUCUUCUGGAAAGCAAAUGGGCAUGGCAGCCGAAGAAUUGUCCGCAAUGCGACGGCAAGCUUUUUUUGGCUGAUGAGGGAACAUGUGCAGUUCGCGGGCAUGGGCGGCUUUUUUAUCGUUGCCAAUCCUGCGAUAGAAGGUCAGAUGUCCUAGCUCAUAGCAGGCUGCAGACACUGCGCAUGCCCAUCUGUCAUAUUUUGCAAGCCAUGCAAAUCUAUUUUCGCAACAGCAAAAUUCCGACCCUGUCUGAAAUGGCGGCAGAGAUGGGAUACAAUGGUAUGACUGGUGGGUGCCUGGAACGCCUUCGUUCCCAUUUGUUGGCUCGUGAAGCUUCGUGCGCCUUGCAUCAGCAAAAGCACCGCCAGUUAUGUGGAGUUGUGGAAGUAGACGGCACCAGUCUACGAAAAAUUCGAGUCAAAGGAACCACUACGCUGCGCUACUUUCAAGCAUGGGGUGCUGUGCAAAGAGGAGCUCGCAAGAUGGCAAUCUUCAAUUUGGGUUUUGCUGAUGCCACAAACUAUGGAAAACCUCCGGUGGAAGCCAAGAAGAAGAUCGAGGAUGCUGGAAAGACCUUCUUAGUUCAUACUGGCACCAUCGACUCGUGCUGGCGUAUGAUCAAAGCCAGUGUUCCCGAUCA